GCGACGGAGCGAGCGAGCGGGCGGGGAGCUCGGGCGGCGCCCCGCGGAGGUGGCGCGGGAAGCGGAGCUCCCGGAUGUGGAGAAGCUGGGGAGGCGGCGUGGGAGGAAGAUGGACCCGGCGGAGAAGGGGGCCGCCACCUCCGUGGCCCACCCGCGGGGGCGGCCGUCCCGGGGCCGGCCGCCGAAGCUGCAGCGCAACUCCCGGGGCGGCCCGGGCCGCGGCGUGGAGAAGCCCCCGCACCUGGCGGCGCUGGUGCUGGCCCGGGGCGGCAGCAAGGGCAUCCCCCUGAAGAACAUCAAGCACCUGGCGGGGGUCCCGCUCAUUGGCUGGGUCCUGCGGGCGGCGCUGGACUCGGGGGUCUUCCAGAGUGUGUGGGUUUCAACAGACCAUGAUGAAAUUGAAAAUGUGGCCAAACAGUACGGUGCACAGGUCCAUCGCAGAAGUUCUGAUGUUUCGAAAGACAGCUCUACCUCACUAGAUGCCAUCAUAGAAUUUCUGAACUACCACAAUGAGGUUGACAUUGUAGGAAAUAUUCAAGCUACUUCUCCAUGUUUACAUCCCACUGACCUUCAGAAGGUUGCAGAAAUGAUACGAGAAGAAGGAUAUGAUUCUGUGUUCUCUGUUGUGAGACGCCAUCAAUUUCGAUGGAGUGAGAUUCAGAAAGGAGUUCGUGAAGUAACUGAGCCUCUGAAUCUGAAUCCAGCCAAACGACCUCGGCGACAAGACUGGGAUGGAGAACUCUAUGAAAAUGGCUCGUUUUAUUUUGCUAAGAGACACUUGAUAGAGAUGGGCUACUUACAGGGUGGGAAAAUGGCCUACUACGAAAUGCUGGCUGAGCACAGUGUGGACAUCGAUGUGGAUAUUGACUGGCCUAUUGCAGAACAAAGAGUCUUGAGAUAUGGCUAUUUUGGCAAAGAGAAGCUUAAGGAGAUAAAACUAUUGGUUUGCAGUAUUGAUGGAUGCCUCACCAAUGGCCACAUUUAUGUAUCAGGAGACCAAAAAGAAAUAAUAUCUUAUGAUGUAAAAGAUGCUAUUGGGAUAAGUUUAUUAAAGAAAAGUGGUGUUGAGGUGAGGUUCAUCUCAGAAAGGGCCUGUUCAAAACAGACACUCUCUUCCUUAAAACUGGAUUGCAAGAUGGAAGUCAAUGUCCCAGACAAGCUGGCAGUGGUGGACGAGUGGAGAAAAGAAAUGGGGCUGUGCUGGAAAGAAGUGGCGUAUCUUGGAAAUGAGGUGUCUGAUGAGGAAUGCUUGAAGCGGGUGGGCCUCAGUGGAGUGCCGGCCGACGCCUGUGCCACAGCCCAGAAGGCGGUGAACUACAUCUGCAAAGCCAAUGGUGGCCGAGGGGCCCUCCGCGAGUUUGCAGAGCACAUCUUCCUGCUGAUGGAAAAGGCUAAUAAUUCAUGCCAAAAAUGAUGAGUUCAUGAUGUCAGAAAAGGAAGUGUCACUUCCUCAGCUACUUGUAUCUUCCAUAUGGAGUUCAAUCCCAUGUCGUGAUGUUUGCAGUGUGAUUUGGUUUGUGAUCUCUCUUCAUGUCUUCUCCAAUUGUCUCUAAAAUGACAUCCUCCAUCCACUUUCCUCCUCAUGCAAGACAAUUGCUGGUGGCAGUCUCAGAUUUUUUUAGCAAGUGAAAGUAAGGACACCAUCCAGAUUAACUUUGUAGCGUGCUCUGUAAAACUGUGUUUGUGUGCUUUUAAUGACGCUGAGAUUUUAUUUACUUGGGGGCAGUGUAUCUGGUGUGACCUGCCCUUCUGUGAAUUAAUAAAAGUACAUUUCACAAA